ACACUUUACUUUCAGUCUCACUCCCAACCGUUCCUUCCCAAGUAAUAUCAGAAAAACUCCCACAUCCAAACACCACCACCACCAGCCCUCUCCCUCUCUCUCUCGCUCUAGACAAUGGCGAAGCCGCACCGCCGACCGCCGCCGCCGCACGCCUCAGGCGGCCGCACGAACCUGGCGUCGUGCGUGGUGGCGACGAUCUUCCUGGUCUUCUUGGUCAUCGUGGUCCUCAUCGUGUUCUUCACGGUGUUCCGGCCGCGGGACCCCAAGAUCUCCGUCAAUGGGGUGCAGCUCCCGUCCUUCUCCAUGGCCAACAACACCGUCAACUUCACCUUCUCGCAGUACGUGUCCGUGGAGAACCCCAACAAGGCCGUCUUCUCCCACUUCGACAGCUCGAUCCAGCUCCUCUACGCCGGCAACCAGGUCGGCUUCAUGUUCGUCCCCGCCGGCAAGAUCGCCGCGGGCCGCAUGCAGUACAUGGCCGCCACCUUCGCCGUCCAGUCCUUCCCGCUCUCGGCGAACCCGAACCCGAACCCGAACCCGUCCGCGGCGGCCGAGGGUGGGGCCGACGCUGGAGAUACAGUCGAGGAUGAAGAUGGGGGGAGGGUUAGGGUUUUGCACUUCUUCACGCACCAUGUGGAGGCGAGGGCCGAUUGCCGGGUGGCCAUUGCGGUGAGCGACGGAUCUGUGCUGGGUUUCCACUGCUGAACAUAUCUUCACCCCCCCACGGCGGGGUUCUUGUCUCUCUCUUCUGUCAUUUUGAGUUUAAAUUUGUUGGGUUAGAUCUUAGGUUCUUGUCUUUUUCUCUCUCUCUCUUUCCCCCCUUCUUUUUGAGUUAGAAUUUCCCUAGGGAGGGCUUGGAAUGAGGCCUUUCUUGCAUCUUGGGGUUUGUUCAAGUUUGCGUUGCCCUCUAACCCAAAAUUAGCGGAGACAAAGUGUAAGAUAUUCCAGCUUUUUUUUCUUGGAAACUGUCCUCUGCUGCUCUGCUAGAAAUGCAGAUUAGCUCUUAGAUUUGGACUAAGUUGCGGUUAUUUUUAUCUACCCUUUUUGUAAUUAAUACGAUGAAGUUGUUCUGAAUGUGGAAACUGUGGAGUUGAUUGCCAUUGA